UGCAAGCUAUUAUUAUUUUAUAUUGUUCGCCCUGUGAAGCUUCUUCUUCUGCUGUGUAGCCUUUCAAUGGCUGCUUUUGUUGGGGCAGUGAAGCUCUUUAUCUGUUUGGUUCUUUGGCUCAACACCCUCUCUUCUCUUCAAGGUGCGAGGGAAUUUUACGAAUUUCGGUACCCCUUCAUCAGAAAGGCGAGUUCAUUCUCAUCAGCAUCAUCGUUUUCGUCUUCAAACUCCGACGAAGUCUCGUAUGACUACAUAAUCGUCGGAGGUGGCACGGCCGGGUGUCCCCUAGCUGCCACAUUGUCUCGGAACUUCAGCGUGUUGGUGUUGGAGAGAGGUGGAGUUCCCUUCUCAAACGCCAAUGUCUCCUUCCUCAGCAACUUCCACAUCGCCUUGGCCGACACUUCUCCGACCUCCGCUUCUCAGCCGUUCGUUUCGACCGAUGGCGUUAUUAAUACUAGGGCUAGGGUUCUUGGUGGUGGAACUUGCAUCAAUGCUGGCUUUUACACCCGAGCUAACUCAGAUUUCAUUAAAAGAGUGGGGUGGGAUGCAAGGUUAGUGAAUGAAUCGUAUCCAUGGGUAGAGAAACAAAUAGUUCACCAGCCUAAACUAGCACAAUGGCAAGAUGCCUUCAAGGACGGUCUUUUAGAUGUUGGGGUCUCACCUUAUAAUGGAUUCACCUAUGAUCAUAUCUACGGAACUAAAGUCGGCGGAACCAUUUUCGACCGUUUUGGCCGUCGACAUACCGCCGCGGAGCUUCUUGCUUCUGCCAACCCCAAAAUGCUCACUGUCUUGAUAUAUGCCACUGUCCAAAAGGUUUUGUUUGAUAAAACCGGGACGAUACCGAAGGCGAUUGGAGUGAUGUUCAAGGAUGAAAACGGGAACCAACAUCAGGCGUUCUUGACGAACAAUCGGCGGAGCGAAGUGAUUUUAUCAUGUGGCGCAAUGGGGACUCCUCAGUUGCUGAUGCUUAGUGGCGUUGGACCGAAAGCUGAACUCGAGAGGUUGAACAUUUCCAUGGUGUUGCACAAUGAGUUUGUUGGCAAAGGCAUGGCUGAUAACCCGAUGAACUCGCUUUUCGUCCCGAUGACUCAUCCCGUGGAACAAUCUCUUAUACAGACCGUAGGCAUUACCAAGAUGGGAGUUUACAUUGAAGCUAGCAGCGGAUUCGGACAGGCCCAAAACAGCAUUCGUUGCCACCAUGGGAUGUUGUCUGCCGAAAUCGGGCAGCUGUCGACAUUACCGCCGAAGCAACGAACAAAAGAAGCCAUUGAAGCAUUCAUCAAAAGUAAAAAUGACCUUCCACAUGAGGCAUUCAAGGGAGGUUUCAUUUUAGAAAAGAUUGCAAUGCCUCUUUCCACAGGCCACCUCAACUUGAUCAACACAAACGUCGACGACAACCCUUCCGUUACCUUCAACUACUUCAGCCACCCUCGCGACCUACAACGAUGCGUCAAAGGAAUCCGGAUGGCUGCCAAGGUUAUACAAUCAGAUAAGUUCAUGAACUUCGCGAAAUGCGACAAACCGACCAUGGAGAAGCUUCUCAACAUGAGUGUCAAGGCUAACGUUAACCUCAUACCAAAGCAUAUUAAUGACACAAAGUCCCUACAACAGUUCUGCAAAGACACCGUGAUCACAAUUUGGCAUUACCAUGGAGGGUGCCAUGUUGGAAAAGUGGUGAACCAUGACCACAAAGUUCUCGGAACUAGAAGACUCCGAAUCGUCGAUGGGUCCACAUUUAGUGAAUCCCCUGGGACUAACCCUCAGGGCACUGUCUUGAUGAUGGGCAGGUACAUGGGAAUCAAGAUUUUGAGACGACGACUUGGAAAGGCUGCUCAUGUAUAAGGGACCACCAUACACCGGCGUUUGUUUUGUGGUUGUAGUAGCACUAGGAAAUGAAUGUGAUAUUUAUAUGUAGAGAAUUAGCUUUAGCUUUGCCUUUUAAAUUGUGCUGUUUAUUUAUAUAUGAUGAACUGGGAAAAGAAGGGAAAUAGUUUGGGAUAUUAGGCUUAGCUAUGUGCUUGUUUUGAUGUUUUUAGUGCCAUAUAAUCAAAGAUUUAAGGCUCCAUGCUUUGUUUCUUU